AAAUGUCAAACUCUCAAAGUGGUUUUUUAAAUGACGAGAUUUGGACGAUGUUUGAAUUCCUUCACAUGGAAACAGUGCAAAAUUUCCUGGCCGAGCAUAAAUUGAGAGGGACUUCAAUGGACCAUUGUUAUGCUAAAUUAGAAUAUAUGGGGUUCAGAUUCGGCCAGAAGCUCAUUGAAAAAUUUUCGAAAGAUAGAGAGCGAUUGAAAGAUGAAUUGGAGAUCAUGAAGUAUGUUUGUAAGGAGUUUUGGUUCAACAUCUACAGAAAGAAUAUUGAUAAUUUGAGGACUAAUCAUCAAGGUGUAUACGUAUUGACGGACAACCAAUUCCGAUUCCUCAGAAGCAUUUCUUCCACCGACCAGUUCACAGCCGAGUGUCACCCCUUCCUAGCUAUCCCCUGUGGGGUGGUAAGGGGGGCUCUGAGCAAUAUUGGAGUGGCCGCUAACGUCUCAACAGAAUUAGUCAAACCUCCUCAAGUGAAAUUCACAGUCACGAUCGAUCGGAAGACGUGACCAGAAUUAUUGAAAACAAUACAUUAAUUGAUUGUGUAGCUGAAAUUUAUUUAAGAAUUUUGAUGAAAACUUAAAAAUUUAAAUGGGCAUUUAAACUCGUUUUUGGAAUUAAAUUUGAUAGUUUUUGAAAAAAAGUUAGUAACCGUCUGCUUAUGAUGCCAAGCAAACUUCAGUUAACACUCAUUCAGUUGAAGCU